UGAAAUUGCAAUAAGAAGAGAAACGCAGCAGAAGAGGAAGAGCUCUGAGAGAGAAAACGUGACAGAUACAGGAAGAAAGAUUUCACAGCCGACCGGAGAGAAAGACAGAAGGACACCGAGACAGGUCUUCAACAGACAGACACUUAACAAACGGAUACUGAGAGGACAUCUGGAGGACACAGAACAUCUGGAGGACACAGGACAUCUGGAGGACACAGGACAUCUGGAUGACACAGAACAUCUGGAGGACACAGAGAACCCUACAACAGGAGGUACAGAAGAACAUUAUUAACUCUCCGUUCAUCCGUCGGUCGGUUCUCCAGAGGAACAUGGCCGUCACUCCACCGAGAGACAAGUAUAUGGGCGUGUGGCUGAUCUUCUUCAUGCUCGGUUUGGGAACGUUGCUGCCCUGGAACUUCUUCAUGACGGCCACUGUGUACUUUACCAGCCGACUGAAGGACUCCUCACUGGUCGAUAUUUCAGCCAAUCAGACGGAGGCAGCAGGUGAGCAUCGUGGUGUUCUGGAGGCGAAAUUCAACAAUGUGAUGACGCUGUGCGCCAUGCUGCCACUGCUCCUCUGCACCUGCCUCAACUCCUUUCUGCACUCACUGAUCUCUCAGCGUGUGCGUGUGACAGGCAGCCUGCUUGUCAUCAUGUUUGUUUUCAUCGCCACCGCCGUCCUUGUCAAAGUUCCUCUGGAGCCGCUGCCCUUCUUCUCCGUCACCAUGGUGAAGAUUGUCAUCAUCAACUCGUUUGGGGCGGUGCUUCAGGGCAGUCUGUUCGGGAUGGCCGGGUUGUUGCCGGCUUUGUAUACGACUCCAAUCAUGAGUGGUCAGGGACUCGCUGGAACCUUCGCUGCCUUCGCCAUGAUCUGCGCCAUCGCAAGCGGCUCGGAGCUUCAGGAUGCAGCGUUUGGUUAUUUCAUCACAGCAUGUGUUGUUAUCUUUCUGUCGGUCCUCUCCUACAUCCUACUGCCUAAAUUGGAGUUUUUCCAGUUUUAUCAGGAGAGGAACAGGAAACAGAGAGCGGACGAGGAGAACUCUGUAAAUCUGAUGAACACAGAGAAUAGAGGUGAAGCAGCUGAUCAGGAAACACAACACAACGUCUCCAUGAUAAAAAUCUUCAAGAAGAUCUGGCUGUUGGCUUUGUUGGUCUGUUUCACCUUCACCGUCACCAUUGGCACGUUUCCUGCCAUCGCUGCCGACACCAAGUCCACCCUCGCCGAUAAAGGCUCCUGGGAGCAGUACUUCAUCCCCGUCAGCUGUUUCCUGAUGUUUAACCUCUGUGACUGGGGUGGGCGGAGCUUAACAGCCAUCUGUAUGUGGCCGGGGAAGGACAGUCUCAUACUUCCUGUGUCCAUUGUGUGCCGUCUGGUCUUCGUCCCUCUCUUCAUGCUGUGUAAUGUCCAUCCUCGUGUCCACCUGCCCGUCUUCUUCCAUCAUGACGGCUGGUUCAUUGUCUUCAUGGUGCUGUUCGCCUUCAGUAACGGAUACCUGGCCAGCCUCUGCAUGUGCUUCGGCCCGCAGAACGUUCUUCCUCAUGAAGCAGAAACAGCCGGAGCCAUCAUGGCCUUCUUCCUGUCUCUGGGUCUGGCUUUAGGGGCCGGUGUGUCCUUCCUCUUCAGAGCACUGGUUUAACUGGGAACUACACCUUGAUCACUGGUUUAACUGGGAACUACACCCUGAUCACUGGUUUAACUGGGAACUACACCAUGAUCACUGGUUUAACUGGGA